AUGGCGUAUAGAAGUGCUGAACACGAAACAACUGGGAUGAGUCCAAAUAUGCUUAUGCUUGGUCGUGAAGUAUCUACACCACUAGAUUUGAUAUUUGAAAUGCCAUCAGGUAUCAAACCAAUACCAGAUCAUGAAUGGGUCUGGGAAUUGCGCGAAAGAAAUAGUGAUGAUGAAGGUAGUACUGGCAGAAACUCAGAUGUAGAUUUACCGGGUACAGAUGAUAUUGAUAAAAAUGACGAUUUGACAGACAUCCAGAGUAACACUAGAACUCGUAGGAAACCGGUUUGGGCUAAAGACUAUGUCUUUUCUUAUUUAAGGUCUAAGAUGCCAAAGAUAAAGACUACAGUUCGUACAAAUCCACUUUUGCCCAUAUGUCCUGUAUGUAAGACAAGCAUACAGAAAAGUGAGAAGAUUGAAGCCCAUGUUGAAAAAUGUAAUAGAAGGGACGAACUAGAAAGGACAUGUAAAGUCUGUAACAAAGUUAUGAUGAAGUAUGCGUAUCUUAAGAAACAUAUGAAGUUAGUACACAAAGUAGAUGGAUCCGGAUAUAUAGAGAAGGGGCAUAGUGACAAAAAGGACUGGGAUAAGAACCCAGAUAUAGAAUUGGAUUUUAAGGACAGUGAAAGUGAGAAUGAAGAAAAAUGUGAGGCAAAUUAUAAUACCAAGAAUGGUAGCAAAUGUUAUACGGUGAGUGCUCCCGAAGAUACGGAGAAAGUAGAUAAAAGGAAAUCAGUGGAUGAGAAUACAGAUAAUGAAGAUGGAAAUUCAGGACAAAGGGAGGUUGAAGUUAGUAUCUGUCGAAGUGAUGAAGAAAGUAAGAAGAGACAGAAGAUUGUUAUAAUUGAAGAAGGAGAAGUUAAUUACGAAUCAAACCUUCUAUGCCCAGCAAAAGCGAUCAUUAGCUGGUGUGGAUCUUAA